UUCAAGUUCAUGCGAUUGGCAUUGAACCAAGCUGAGUUUGCUCUCUCUCAAAACGAGGUGCCUGUGGGUUGUAUUUUUGUUUAUAACGACAACGAGGUGAUAGCUACUGGCUCCAACUCAACUAACGAGUCUCUAUCUGGAAUUACUCAUGCUGAGUUGACUGGGAUCACCAAGAUAUUGAAGAAGUUCAACCUACUAGAUCUACCCAAUAAGACUGCUCAGGACAAAGCUGAUUAUGUUUCCAAUGUGAAAGCUUUAUUUGCCAAAAUAGAUUUAUAUGUCACUGUUGAGCCUUGUAUAAUGUGUGCUUCAGCUUUGAGGCAGCUUGGCUUGAGAAGAGUUAUUUUUGGUUGCACCAACGAUAGGUUUGGUGGAAAUGGUUCUAUAUUGUCAAUCAAUACUGAUUCUCAUUCAAACCCACACUUGCCAAUUUAUCAAUCUUAUCCUGGAAUUGGUAAAGAAGAGGCGAUUAUUUUGUUAAGGAAAUUCUAUGUCCAACAGAAUGUCAAGUCUCCAAAUCCUCAAACUUCUUUAUCAAAUCCUAGAAUAUUGAAAUAUAAUGAAUUGCCAAAAAUCAAUUUUCAUAAAUUCUUGUCAAGUGAAGAUUUUAUUCAAUUUUUUGGC